GCUGUCAUCUGUCAUUGUCAAACACAACACUAACAAAUUAUUGAUUUAGUAAAAUAAGCCAAACGACCCCAAUUUGUGAUUAGUUUCGUUCUUUGUUGCAAAGAAAAUGUCUUCUAUUAUUCAAAAAUGUAAUGACGACAAUAUACCCUUAGCUGACGAUGAUCCACAAGUGAUAAUAACAGACGACAUCGAAAACAAUCGUUUAGACCAUGGCCGCUCAAUGGACUCUUUACCAAGUUCGUACACAGGUGGCUCGUCAAGCCCUGGUUUAAAUGGACCGCCUAGCUUCGAGCCAGAUUCAGGUAUAGACGAACAAGAGGAAAAAGCUCGUUUAAUAUCGCAAGUGCUGGAGUUACAGAACACAUUAGACGAUUUGUCUCAGCGUGUGGAUUCUGUAAAGGAGGAAAACUUGAAGCUACGUUCCGAAAACCAAGUUCUUGGACAGUACAUUGAAAAUCUUAUGACAGCUUCUUCAGUAUUCCAAUCUACCACUUCUAAUGUUCAGAAAAAGUAAACAAUUUGUUGAUGAAAGCACCAACAUUAGCAAUGUCAAAGGCAGAAGUGUGUUUUUAUGUUGGCAAUAAUGGAAACCAUUGAAUGCACAAAGCUUUACGGUAUCUGUAAUUGGCUCUUCCAUCAGUCUCUCUAAAAUGUGAGAGUAGUAAAAAAGAAAUGUGAUUAUUCUCUAAAAAUGUUAUAAUGUUAUAAGUUUUCAUACUACUAUAUAUGGAAUUUACUUUGAAAUAGGGUUAUCCACUUUAGAUAUCUGCUUGCAAAGUUUUUUUAUUCAGUUGUUUUAAGAUUUCUAUGUCAAAACAUGUUUGGGUCCAUUAAGAAUCUUGUAGGAACAAUUGAGUGUUGCCAACAUAACAUUCUAUUAAUUGUUUUAGGGAAAUCUUUGUGGCUUUGCUUUUAGAAAGAAGCAUAAUUUUGACAAAUUACCAGAGCACAGAUUGUAAUGUAGUUAUGAGCAUUUUAUAUGUCUAAGCAUAAUUUUUCACUGUAUUUACAUAAUAAAUAUUUGUUUGAAUUUUGUUCCAUAAUCAAAUAUUACACAUUAGCGCAAUUUAUAGAGCAAAAUGUAAUCUCUUACCAUAAUUACACACAUUCCAGAUUAAACUGCUUAGGAUAUUAAUUUAAUACAUGUUGUACUAGCUCUCUUCUCAAUAAUGAAAAUCUCAAUGAUAUUCUAAAUUAUGUAUAUCUUGUCUUAUAGCUUUAAAUAUAUUUAUAACAACCUA